AAUAAUUAAAACCCGUAGGAGAUCAUCAUAACUGAUAUUCAACUCGAAACCUCUUUCCUUCAAACCCUCUCUUAAUCCCCUCUCCCUCUCUUUCUCUCUCUCUCUCUACAUCCGCCAUGGGAGACCAAGACGACCUCUGCAACAUCAGGCUCGGCCUUAGCCUCGGCUCUGGAUUUGGGGAAUACGUCCCCAAAAAGAUGCAGAAAAUCAACAGUAAUCAUAACAACCCUAAAUCCUUCACUGACCUCUCCUUCACCCUGGUUCCCAAGCAAGAAUUGCCCAUUAAUUCUUCAACCACAACCAACAGCCUCGGCUCCGAACGUGAAAGAGAGAGAAAAAAGCUUCGGCUUUCUAAAGAACAAGCCACUUUGCUCGAAGAAAGCUUCAAACUUCACACCACUUUGAAUCCUGCUCAGAAACAGGCACUUGCCCACCAAUUAAACCUCAAAACACGACAAGUGGAAGUCUGGUUCCAAAACAGACGUGCAAGGACGAAAUUGAAGCAAACGGAAGUGGACUGCGAGUUCUUGAAGAAAUGCUGCGAGAGGCUGAACGAAGAGAAUCGGAGGUUGAAGAAAGAGUUGCAUGAAUUAAGAUCCAUCAAACUCGGAGCUUCCCAGUUGUAUAUUCAGCUCCCCAAGGCGGCGACGCUCACAAUUUGCCCCUCAUGCGACAAGAUCACCAGGACACCCGCCGCCAACGCCGCCGCCGAGCCCAACUCUCCGCCACUAUAAUUUAAUGUCAUUUUUUUUAGUACAGGAAAAGGGAUCAAUAAUUUAAGCUCAAUAACAUUACAGCCUUUUUAGAUUAUUA